AUGCCGGCUUUGGACGAGCCUCCAGAAGCUUUCCUGGUCGAUAUCUCGGCACUUUGGCCCGAUGAUGCCGAUGCUGGAAGAUGCGAGGAAGGCAUUGCGGACGAGGAAAUUCAAUGGAUGCUGUCGCGGCGACCACUGGACCACGAUAAGGUCACCCGAGAGAGGCUGGUCUUGGACUACAACGAGCACGAAGCCCGCGCGAUGCUCGCAGCUUUCGCAGAGAGCAAGGUGUCACACCUGAUCCCGGUGCUGCGAUGGCCCGGUGUGGGAACGCGCUGGCGGGAGUUCAUCAAGUGGGUCACUGGCCUCCACGAGCUUCCGAAGAGCCCCGAGUCGGCCUUCGCUGGAUUUGCCCGUGCCCUCGGGCGUGUGACGACGUAUCGAGCCCUUUCCCUGGAUGCGGCUGGCCUGCGGCGUAUCAUACAGGCAAAGGAGAUCUUCCCUCGAGGCCAGCUUGAGGUGACUGCUGAAGAGCUGAGUCGAAUCAUUGAAGAGCACGGCGUGGCCAAGGUCGUGGUGGCAAGGUUGUACAUCGCGCAUCUGCAGCGCCUGAUUGGUCACGAUCCCUCGGUCUCGCUCCACGAUGACUGGCAGACGACCUCAUGCAUAGCUUCCGGCUACACCGGAAAGGAGAAGUCUGUUUACUUGUUCGAGGUGUCGGUGCCCAUCGUCGAAUCUCUGGGCCUGCGUUUGAGCGAGGUGGAGGUGAACGCCCCGCCGUUUCUGGGGCCUCGCUAUGGCCCGUCCGGAGAGGGCUGGUUUCGCUUCGCAGCUCCGGCAUUUCCGGAUGGCGUUUAUUUCGAUCGCACCAUGCAGGAGACUGAGCGGUAUGGUCUUUAUUCGGUUCCGUUUUUGCACCGACGGCUUCGUCGGCUGUGGAGGUAUCCAUCCGUCGCAGAUAUCGCUCUGGCCAUCAGUCCCUUCGCCGAACGACAGGCCGCCUUGCAAAAGCGCCAUCCGAAGGGCUGUGGCCUUCCGCCCUACAGCGGCUGA